AUGACGCGCUUGCCUCAAGCCUUUCAGCACCUCACUUGGCUCGUGUUAGAGGAUAAUCCAGAGCUGGAAUCAGUCCCAGAUCAGCUACUGUCUCUUAAUACACUCAAAGUUACAGACUGCCCAAAGGUUGUAACUAUUCCAGCUCUGCCAAAUUUUAAAGAGCUAACAGUCACUGGCGCUGGAGAUGGUGAAGAGACAAUGCUUGCGAAGGACACAGACUGGGCCGUGGUAGGCGCCAUGUGGAAAGAGAUACACUGGCAUGAUGCUGCUUUGUUUGAGAAAUUCAAAACAAUCCAUGAUGUUGAUAUGAUGGAUCUUUACUUUCAUAGUAAUUGGCAUUGCUGGUGGGAUGAAACAGCAGAGUGGGGAGAAGAUGUACAGUGCUUGGGAAGGAUGCAGGCUGAGCCGUGUAUUCAUUUAUAUAUGUACUUUGUUUGUGAGUUACAGCAGAUGGAGAAUCAUCAGCUGCAGCAGCAGCAACGGCAACAUCAGCCUCAGCAGAUCCUUCCAAAACAGUCCGCGAUGGGUUAUGGAUCAACCAUGGGGAUUCCGAGGUCUAAUGGAUCUCCAGCCGUUUCAUCAGACGAGCUCACAUCCUUACGUAAUCUCCAGCAUCUAUGUUUGUGGGGCUGCAAUUCGUUGUGUGAGAUUCCAUCUAAAAUGGGAGAAUUAAACGGCCUGAAAAUAUUGAGCAUGUUUGUCGUGGGUCUCAAGAGAGGUAACCAACUUGAGGAACUGGAAUGCUUGAACCUCAGUGGAAGGCUUCGCAUUAGGCAUCUGGAGAGAGUAAAAGACCAUAUGGAUGCAAAGAAAGCGAAGAUUGCAGAGAAAAAUAAUCUUCAUGAGUUGAGGUUGUCAUGGCAAAGAAAUGAUUUAACCAAGCUAGAGGAGGAAGUUGACGAAAGGGUGUUGGAAGCACUUGAACCUCACCCAAUAUUGUGUUUUCCAAAAAUUGGAGAGUUACCUCAUCUUGAGAAGUUGUAUAUAAAGAAUAUGGGGAUGGAGUAUAUUAUUGAAGAAGAAGAAGUUGGGAGUGGUCACCCAGGACUAUCAAAUAAGCAAGAGAGUAGUAAAGAAGCAUUCCCAAAUCUCGAAGCUCUAUGGAUUGAGCGCUGCUCUUUAUUAAUACUGCCACCACUCCCAUCCCUCCAAAAGUUGGAGACACUAGUAUGCAGUAGCUCAACUUUGGGUUUAUUAUCUGAGCACAUCAUUCUUAGAGACCUGUGGAUUGAAGUUGAGGAGAGCCUAGCAUGUUUCCCAAUAGAAAUGCUGGCAAAUUUCAAUAAGCUCCAAACAUUGGUAAUCGAUAAUGCGAAAGAGAUCUCUGUGACAAGAGAAGGUCUGCAAAUCUUAAAAGAGCUUAAACGUUUAUGUCUAAACAAUUGUGAGAUAAUGAGAUGUUUGCCAGAAGGGAUGCUGCGGCAACUUACUUCUUUGGAGACCCUUGCCAUAUGGAAGUGCCCAGAAGUACUAGAGUUGCCGCAGGAAAUUAAACAUCUCCAUAAUCUUGAGUUCCUCAUGUUACGGGAUCUUCCAAAGAUGAGGCGCUUGUCUCAAGUCAUUGAGCACCUCACUAAUAUAUACCUAGAUGAUCUUCCUGAGCUGGAAUCACUCCCAGAUCAGCUACCAUCUCUUAUUAGACUCAUUUUGGAAGACUGCCCAAAGGUUGUAUCAAUUCCAGCUCUACCAAUUCUGGAAAAGCUAAUCAUUGUUGGGUGCCCUCAGCUGGAGAGGCGAUGUCGGAGAGGAAGUGGAGAGGAUUGGCACAAGAUUUCCCACGUUCGCAGCAUUUAUAUUUCUUCAAAGUAA